CGGCGCGUGAGCCCCAGUAGAGAUCCAGCGGUCAGCGGAGACAGACAUAGCACAAGACAAACGGUCAAAGCGACAAACACCGGAGCAGACGGAACCUUUCCUGGACUAAAGUUGGACCCAGGAGCAGUGAAGACUCACCAGUCCGAACCCGAAGCCGGUAGAAGGUGUUAAAUAUCGGCGCUGCGCAGUUUUAUCCUCCUGUUUCUGAUCCAAGCAAGCUGCGAAGUGAGAGGACAGCCAUGAUUUCCCCCCUGUGCCUCGUGUUGAUGCUGUCCGCCUCCGUCCUCUCAGAGUCGCAGGUCAGGGAGACGGAGACAUGGAUGCCCAUGAGCACCACGCAGACGGUUGCCAUGUCGACGGACGGCGGCGACCUGGAGGCAUCGGGAGACUCUUCGAACGGCUCCGACUUUGGUUUCACAGACGAUGAAGACGACGAUUAUUACGACGAAGAAUACGAUAUGUCCGGAUCCGGAGAAGGAGAAACCGAGUCCAGACCUUCAGCUAAGCCCGACUUCGAUAACAGGAUCCCUGACCUGCCGAACCCGGUGGGACCAAAAGACGAGAUCAACGUGGUGAAGAACACAAACGAGAUUCCUCUGCUGGGCAGCGAACCCAAAGCCAAGGAGGAGAACCCGUCCAACGUCCUGAUGUCCCAGGCCACAGGGGACAGCAUCUUCAACAAGACGGAGGUCCUGGCAGCUGUGAUCGCCGGCUGCGCCGUCUGCCUCAUGUUCGCCGUGCUCCUCAUCCUCCUCCUCAUCUACCGCAUGAAGAAGAAGGACGAAGGCAGCUACGACCUGGGGAAGAAGCCCAUCUACAAGAAGGCCCCCACCACAGAGAUCUACGCGUAGGCCCCGCCCCCAGCCCCGCCUCCUUCCUCCCUGACCUCACAUACACACAAACACACACACCUCAGCCGUAAAAACCCGACCGGCGGCCCUGCAGUGCCUCAUCUUCAUCACCUCGUGUUUCUUCAGCGGCGUGGCGCCGCCUCGACCGAUUGACUGACUCCGCCUCCUGAUGCGUACGAAUCUCACUGACCAAUCAGAGGCCGAGUUUCCUGGCAGGUUGGAGCGUUUCCGCUACGGUACGCCGUGUUUUCCGGAUCAAGCUGAGAGGAAAAAAACAACAGAAUGAACUUUUCCUGCUAAACACUAACAGAUGUUAUUUAUUCACUCGUCUUCCUCGGUCUGCAGUUUCUGUCUCCGUUUUCUUUUUUUUUUUGAUGGAAAAGUUUUUCAGACUGCUUUUAUUUUGAAAAGGCCUGUAGCCGUUAGCUUUGCUGUUAGAGAUCACAAUCAUGUUAAUAUUUUUAAUUUAUCUGCUGGAGUCCCAGAGGCAGGCCUGUCUUUGUUUCUGCUCUCUUCUGUAACAGAUUUUUAAUUAAAACGAGCUUCCGAUUCCUCGGGUCCGUUUCCCUUCCUGCCCGACGAUCCGGCGCGAACAGCCCGGGAAAACACAGAGCGCCUCCGCUGCUGGGAAGGAGCGAGAAUCCUCAGGAUGUUUGGGAAUGAUCACCGCCGUGCCUCCAGUUUGGGACAAACGUUUAGCAGAAGUGAAUUUUCUGAGGAGUUUCCAGGGUUGCAUCCCGACUCGUGAAUCGAAUCCCCCUUUCAUUCACAAAAGGUGAAAAUCCUCCGUUUUCUCCACAUCCUGGAGGUUCUGGAAAACCUUUCCGUCUCGUUUUGGUUCUGUUGUUUUUUUUUCGUCAGGGCUUUCCUCGAUAAGCUACACCGACCGUUUCUCCAGUCAGCCUGAGACUCCACGAGCAAACCUGAAGCCGAAAUAUUAAUAAUUUCUGUAAUGAAGCUCGUGUUUCUCUGGCGGAGGCGGCCGGACCCAGACUGAUCCGACCUGUAAAUAGUCCUUCAGUAAAACGUAUCUGACGGUUGGUACCGCUUCCUGGCAGCAGAAAUAUCUACCAAAUAUUUAAAUGCCAAAUAGUUUGUGUUUCCCACGGUAACGCUCAUGUGAUCGACUGUAAAUGUAAAGUUUUUAUACUAACUCUCCUCGUCCUCCUCGUUUGUUUUCCUGCUUUAGAUCAACUUCCCUUUUUGUAUUAAUUUAACUGUCAAAUAAUUUUAUUGCCUUCCUUCAGGUUUGGGUGUCUGGCCCUUUAAGCUGUUGUACAUGUGAUUCUCAAAGUUUUAUACACACUAGUUUGAUUUUCAGAGACCUAGUUUUGAAACGAUUUAUUUUGUAAGAAUUUCUUUUAUCUUUUAGACAUUUUUUUGCUUUCAUAUUUAUGUUUUUUGCUGUUUUUAUGUGUAGAAGGAGAAAUCAUGUGGUUCAUCUCCAUAUUCAGGGGAUGUUGGGCGAUGAGCCGCGUCGACAGCGGCAGACCUGGGCCUGACCUUUUUCAUUUUUUUGUUUUUUGUUACUGAAACGAAACGACGUGGGCGAGUCCAGGAGGUUCUGUAGGACCGAGCCGACCUGGACGCCUGGCGGCGCCGGGGGCGCAGCUCUGAGAUUAGGAGUUGGGAAAAAUAAAAAUGUCCGUCGUUCCCAGGUCUGGGCGGUUGGCGUGGAGAGAAAGUUCUGCUGCUUAAUGUCAAACACCAGUGGAGCGAAGAAGCCAAUGAAUCAUUGGUUUCUACAUGCAGGUUCUGAUUUAUUAUUGGAAAUAAAGCUAUUUUUAUGCACAUUAACAGA